AUGCGUCAGCUUUCUGCCAUAGAUGUAUCUUUAGCAAAACUUGGAAUCGUAUUUCAGCUGUUGCAAGAGCAAGAAGGAAAGGCUCACACUGGCGUUCUCUAUCGAUUUCCCGAAGUUGUGCGAAAUACCGAGCUCACGACGGUCGUCGUCACUAUAGUCGACUUCGAUGCACUCAAUUACGCCAGAUCUGGCCACACUGGGUGCGCAUGCCCCGUGCAUAAGUCGUGUUGCCAACUACUUCCGGAACGAAGGAUCGUCCAUUUUUCUGUACACGCGCAAUGGGUGAAGAGCCAUUUUGUACGGAGCAGCAACGUGGCAACCGGCGUGCCCGGUAUUCUUGCUAUCAUGAAUAUUCCCUUAAUAUUGUUAAUCGCGAUCACGCGUAUAACAAUUUGUUUAUCAGCCAACGAAGUGCACCAGUCAACGAAUUCGCACUUAACAGCAGCUGAUAAGACUCAUUUUAAAAAAAUCCUACAACCGGGUUUAACGUCAAACGAUAUAUCCGUUGUACAUUAUGCCGUUCAAGGAUAUAAGCUUCUUGGAGAAACUAUAUCGAAUCAACAAGAUAUUUGCGAUGACUUGACGAAGAUCGCAAAGGACGGCAAUGACGUUACUACAGAGAAAGCAUUUUACAUUGCGUCUAUAUGGAAAACCAUUGGAAACUGUAAAAACAGUCCUGCUCCGAUGAUCUCGAAGGUGCUCUCGAGCACGAUAGACAAGGAUGGCGCCACUAUGCAGGAACUGCAUUUUGCAGUAAAUGGAUUGACCGCAUUAUCCGAGAAACUACCGCGCGAGAAAGUUGAAAAAGUAGUAAGGACGAUACUAUCUAUGUUACGAAAGGACGAUAAUCUAUGGAAUUUGGGUUACACUUUCCACAUCGCGUCAGACCUAGGAAGCAGCGGUGCGUUUGUUUUGGAUCGUAUCGAAGAUGUCGUUAUCCAAGCCGACGAAGUAGACGGACAGUACUUACAGUUCGAGGGUGGCCUCUCAGUGACCAGUUUCUUAGUGAGCGGCAUUUUAAAACUCUCCACCGCUCUGAAGGAAAAACCGCCACUGACCACUCAACAAACCGUUAAAAUGGCUAAUUAUUUCCUUUCCCGGCGUUCCGUGCAGACACCAAAAGGCGUGGCGAAUUUACUUUCAGCGUUAACGACUAUGGCAAACAGUAAUAUCGAAAAACCAGUUUGCGUAAAGUUAGCCAACGAAGGAAUCGAUAUUUCUGUCCAGCAGCCUUUAGUCACAGUAAAAGUUUGCGAUUUCCUCGGUAAUCCGGUGACCGGUCUGUCCAAAGUGAUCGCGAAUUCGGCAACGCGUGUUGGAACCGACGCGGCUAUUUUAAGCAAACAAAGCUUGCAAGCUUCGCCGACGGAUGUAACAUUGUAUACUCUUAAUCUUAUGGAAGCUAAGCCAGAACGCGGUUUCUAUAAGAUAUCUGUUGCCGCGGGAUCAACCACGAACACCGUCACAGUAAAAGUUCUUUGCCAAGUAGUAGUCGACUAUUUGGAAAUUGGAACGGGCGAUGCCGAUCAAACCACUCAACCGAAACUUGCACGAGUGACUUAUCCGGAGAAACUGACCAAUAAGAUAGAAGCUGACUCGCAGCAAAAAUUGGUGAUGCGAUUUUUGCUGAGGGACGGCGCCAGUAAGAAGCCAAUGCGAGCACAUCAAGCUUUCGUGCGACUAUCUUCCGCGUCAGUUUCGAACGAUGGAAAACAGGGCCAUGAAAUUUUAUUCGUGGCCGAGCCGGAUGCAUCGCACGUCUACAAAUUCGACAUGCCGGUCGGAUCUGCAGCCGCGAACUUCGAUCAUCAGAGCGGAGACUACAACGUAGAAUUAAUCGUGGGCGACGCCAUAUUGAACAAUCCCUUCCAGUGGAAAGUAGCGACGGUAACGUUAAAAUUCCCCGAAUUGACUUCGACCGAGCGAGUCGAUAAGAACAUCGCUUACAAGCACAAGUCCGAUAUCUACUCGACCAAACCGGAGAUAAAGCACAUGUUCCGCGAGCCAGAGAAAAGGCCUCCCGCCUUUGUCUCCAAUCUAUUCACAGGUUUGUGCUUAGCACCGGUUCUCUUGUUGCUGAUUCUAUGGGCUGAACUUGGCGCGAACAUAUCGAACUUUCCAUACUCGGUCAGCGCUUUCACGUUCCACAUUGGAUUGGGAAUUAUCUUCGUGCAUUUUGGAGUAUUUUGGCUGAAACUCAACAUGUUCGUCACGCUUCGAUACCUGCUCAGUUUCGGCGUAGCCACGUUCCUCAGCGGCAAUGAAAUGUUAUCGCACAUAGCCCGUAAACGUAAAUCACGUUAAGUCGCUGGAACAUCGCGAUAUUCCAACAUCAAAGAGAUCCAAUUGUCCGGCAAAAGUGAACACGGAGGAGAACACGCAAAAGACACACGGUUGUCGAAUACGAACAAGUGUCGCGGGACGAGACCGAAGGAAGA